GCUCGAGUUGAUUGGGAGCGGCAACGCUGGGGGUAGAUUGAAGCCUGGGUUGGCACGAUUGAGACGCAUCUGGUGGACCGCCUUGGGCAUAGCUCUUGAACGUGCUGUGCAACAGUGCCAUGGCCGAUGAAGUUUUGGCCAUUGAUAUUCAGUUCAGCAAGCUCGUCGAUUGGCUCAAGAGCCGUCGCUGGAUCGAGGCCGAUUAUCAUGCCAAGUUGCGCGCUGUCCGCAAGCAGGUCCAAGCUCUUCGCCCCGACCUGCCCGCCGAUCAUGAAGAAGUACAGCGUAUCUUGGCUCUGCCAAUGCUCUCCUACUACCAUCUCAAGCAACUGCUGGACAUUGUAUCGCAAGUAGAUGCGGGCCAAACCAACGUCCUGGGCUUCUCGACUUCCCCCAGAGUCAAGGCUUUGACGGCCAUCCUUUCUCAGCUUGAUAAGCAAAGAUUGCACCUGGCCGACUGCGCAACGGCGCUAGAGCAUAAUGUGCAAUACGAAGUCACAGCGUUGCAAAAAACCAUGGACCGAGCGACCCAUCGCAUCUCGGAUUGCGACCGUCGCUCGGGAGAACUGCAGUCGGCCAGCAAGGCCGCGCAACAAAAAUACCGGGACCACUGUGCGCAGCUCGAAAUUGAGGGCCGCGAUGUAUCAGCUGAAAUUGAUGCACUGCGUCAGCAUUUGCCUCAGCUGUGGACAAGUGUAGUCACGCAGUUGCGAGAGAGCAAGGGCAUUCAAGAUGCCUUGAACUUCUACAAGGCAUGGACCGGCUUUUUGCAACAGGAGUUUGGUAGUCAAAAGACACCAGAGGGUUCAUGCAUGCCCAUCCUCGAGCAUUUGCGAACGAAAGGCAAUACCUCCGUUUACGAAUACCAAACGGGUGAGGCGCCGCCACCAGAAGCAGGCACGAACAGUGCAACUGACAAGGGCCCCGCCAUCGACUUUGGCGACGCGCCCACCAUCGACUUUGGCGACGCUCCCACCAUCGACUUUGGUGACGCUCCCACCAUCGACUUUGGCGACGCGCCCACCAUCGACUUUGGUGACGCUCCCACCAUCGACUUUGGUGACGCUCCCACCAUCGACUUUGUCGAUGAAGCCCCUGCCACCGGCAAUGACUUGGCAGCCCCAGAAGUUAUUCGUACUCCACUUCUAGAUGAUCCUGCGCAUCGCGCCUCUUUCCUGGAUGAGGUGGAAGAGCUGUCGACCUUUUUUCGCACCCGGCGCCACGAGAGUGAAAACCAGACCGUGUCUGCCUUCUUGGCUACGCUUGGCAACGCCCCCACCAUCAUCCGUGACCAGGACGUGGCCCUGCUUGAGCGUUGCGAACAUGCCCUCGGUGACAUUAUGGCGCUCAUGCAGUCGGAGCGGAGCCAACGUCUGAUCAUGAUUGCUUCAUCACCGCGUUAUGCGGCACGUCUUGCAGAGAGUUUGCAGCAACGACUCGCCGUUGUGGCCAAGAACGAUAACAAACUGCGAGAGCUGGAAACGCAGCGAUUUGAGGCUGUGCGUAGUAUUGAAGAAACACGCCCCAAGCUUCAGGCGUUGGCACGCGACGUCUUGUGGCUCAAGGCCAAGGUUUGUCAAUUCAAUUUGCUCAUGAGCCCUCAGUGUGUUCUCUGCCCUGCCCUUGUCUCUGUCUCUGCCUCUGUUUCCCCUGCUCUCUCCUAUCUCUGA